CAAGCCUUAAACACUCCAUCCAAACGGGGUGUUAGUAUCUGCCGAGAGUUUAAGCUUUGUACUACGUAUAUUUUUGAGGGGUGGCCAAACCAAACUCUGUGUGUAUUCUCCGAAAUUAAACGACCUACCGCAAGCAUUACAACUCAAAACCCUAGAUGUCCACGGAAGAGAAGCCAUAUAUGGAUUUUUCAAAAUCACGAUUUGUUCAUCGCUCUUCCCGGCCAUAUAUGGAUCCUUCACAAAGACGAUUUGUUCCUACCUUUUCCGUUCGACAUUCACCUUCGAGUCCAACUCAGACAGAGGAAGAUGACGAGUUUGGAACUGAUGUACACCACUAUUGCGCUAAAAUGGCAUUGGAAUAUUAUAACAAGAAAAAUAGGAAGAGGUAUGAACUUGUGGAGGCUGGGUGUAGUUCUGGCUUUCUAGCUCCUGGCAUCUGUUUUCACAGCAACUUCAAGGCUAGGCCAUGCAGGAAUACCUGCGGAGAUGGGAAUGAGAAGACCUCCACCGAGCUCUUCUUUGCUGAGAUUCAGUUUGACUCUAAACUCCGAAGAAAUAUUGUUAAUGCCUGUCGUAUUAUAAGAGGUAAAACUACUGCUGGUUGUCAGUUUUGCCACAAUGAUAUUGCUCAUCCUACCCAUGGAUUUCGUAAGGGCCUCCACCGUUAUGAACCCCGUGCAUUGCGUUCUAAUUGUUCAAGUUUGGUGGAUGGUGGUACUGGAUAUAGCCUCCCGCCCUGCUCGGAUGGUGUAGCUAGCAAGAAAAUUUCCUGAAUGUACUUUCUUUUUACCCAAAUGCAUCUGGAGAUUACGCCAUCUAUCCACUUCCAUCUCCUGCUAACAUUUCGUUGGAACUGCCUUUUGUAGGUGGAUGCUGGAGUUUUUUUUUUUUUUUUUUUUUUUUUUUUAAUUUGGGAAAUUAUCAAUGAGCUCCUUUCAGGUUUGAUAUAUCAUCACUCACACCUCUGCACUAUAAAAGUUGUACUCUCACCCCCUCCCUAUCCUUUAAUGAUGGUUAGUAACUUUCAAUUUACGUUUUGAGAAAAUUAUGGACAUAGUUUCGUAACUUUUGAUUGUGUUCGCUAUUAAUGUUGUAAUUUUCAUGCAAACACAUAUUUUGUGGGAUUAUUAAAUUUUUAUGUAUUAAAGAUCUUUCGACUCGAAAUUGAACCUAAUAAAACAAAAAAAAUGAUCAAAAACUGAUGCAUUGAAAUAUUAUGAAUACAAUUACACAAUUGAAAGUGAACACAAUCAAAAGUUAUGGAACUAAAUCUAUAGUUUUCUCUGAGUGUAAAUUAAAAGUUACUUAACUAUCAUUAAAAGAUAGAGGGGGGUAGGUGUACUUUUUUUAUAGCGCCAGGGGUGUUCGAUAUAAUACACUGAACCUCAUGGGAGGUCAAUAAUUAUUUUUCUUUUAAUGUUGUUACCUGGGUGUUGAGGGUGUCAAUCACAUUUGAAUGGUUCUUGACCUGAAAUGAAAUUGGAGAGAAUACAUGCCAGAAGUUUAGCUCAAAGGAAAACUCUUGGGUUCAAUUCCAAGGGCUUGGAUUCUAUAUUGUCUUAUUUUGCUACUUUGUUGAGGUUCUAAAGUGUUCAGUGACUUGCAUUUUAGAUAGGACAUGUUUAUUUACUCAAACAAAUUUUACCUUAUCUUGUGGAGCAAUAUGUUAUAGCUGUGGACCACUUGGAGUGUUACAUUUUGCCGAUUUGCCCGCUCAAAGGAUUUAUCUUUAAAUGCUACUAGUGACUAUCAAUGUCAUUGUUGCAAUCAUCAGUGUUCUCACGGGUGUCACUGAAGUGGUGAAACAUGUUUUAUUAGUCAGAAUUUUUUUCCAAUAAUUUUGUACAGUGAAUAUUA